AUGAGAGCGUUUAGCUUGUGUUUUCUGGUGUUUGCCUUCGUUCUACUCUUGGACUCGAGCAGCGCCUUCCACACGAAGCAGAAAAUCCACGGAUACAUGCUAGGGCGGUACGGACUGGGCGGUCACGGGGCUUAUGACACAGCUUACUACGGCCGCGGCUAUCUCCCACCGUCAGUGUUCCCCCCCACCACCACAGUUCCCCCCCACCGCCACCGUUCCCCCCUACCCAUGGACGACAAAUACAAAUCAAGUGAUAAUUAA